AUGGGGAGUGGUAGUUGUUUUAAUGCUUUGCAUGGGCUGAAGCCAUUGAUGCUAAUGCUGGUGGUUCAGUUUACAUCUGUUGGAGUGAACUUGUUCUACAAACUGGCCGCUAAUGAUGGAAUGGACAUCAGGCUUAUUAUUGCCUAUCGCUUCACUUUUGCCACCGUUUUCCUUGCUCCUAUUGCCUUCUUCGUUGAAAGAAAGAGCAGGCCAAAGCUCACUCGGGCGGUACUCCUCCAAUCAUUUUUUUCUGGCUUGUUUGGAGGAGCAUUGUCACAAAAUUUGUACAUUGCAAGUUUAUCGUUAACAUCUCCAACAUUUGCUUCCGCCAUCACUCAACUCAUCCCCGCCAUUACUUUUGCUUUAGCCGUCUCCUUUGGGUUGGAGAGAUUGAAUUUAAGGAGCGUAGGAGGGAUGGCAAAGGUGUUGGGAACAUCAAUGGGAAUAGGUGGAGCAAUGCUUAUGACAUUUUACAGAGGUGUGGCGAUCGACUUAUGGACCACCCAUGUUGACCUUGUGCAUGGUAGUGAUCAGCAACAACCACACUUGGAAGCAGCAGCAGCAGCUUCGCAUGAUGAGUUUGCUCAUCGAGUCUUGGGUUGUCUUCUGGCUCUCGCCAGCUCCUUUGGCUGGGCCUUGUGGCUAAUUAUUCAGGCUAAGAUGGGUGAGAAAUACCCUAGUUAUUAUUCAAGCGCAGCUCUACUGUCGUUUAUGGCGGCAAUCCAGUCCCUUGGUUUUGCUCUCUGCGUCGACAGGGACUGGAACCAUUGGAAGUUAGGUUGGAAUAUUAGACUUCUAACAGUCCUAUACCUGGGGAUUGUGGGUACUGGAGUAAGUGUGACCUGUACUACACUUUGCAUAAGCAUGAGAGGGCCUCUGUAUGCGUCAGUUUUCGGGCCUCUGGUUCUUGUUCUUGUUGCCCUGGUCGGCACUUUGGUGUUGGAAGAGAAGUUACACCUCGGAAGUGUGCUUGGAGCGGUGUUAAUCAUUGGUGGCUUAUACGGUGUGCUGUGGGGAAAGAGCAAAGACAUAAAGAAGAUGAAUCAAUCGGUGCCAACAACAAGCAGCUUUGAGGAUCAGGAAUCUGUAGUUGAAAUUGUCUCACUGCCUCCGGAUAAUAAUAAAGGCAAUAACAACAUGAAUGAGACGGUCGGUCACAAAUAG